AUUCACAGACUCUCUCCUUCAUUUUUGAACCAUGUAGCUGUCGUUUAUUGAGCUUUUCAUUGUACAGUGCGUAUAGUGUACAGUAUCAAAAUAUGAAAAUAUACAGAAGUCGUUCAUUGAGAAUGUUGAAUACAGAGAAUCUUCUCUGUAUUUGACAGAUAACGGAUUAUUUCGACCUUCGCAAAAUGGCCGCUUAUAAAGACUGCUUCUAGUAAAAAUAAAUUUCACAUUUAAAAAAAUCCCACUGUGAAGAACAGGAAGUAGCUUGGAAAACCGUCGUUUGUUGACACGUCGUAUUCCGAAUGGUUUUUGUUUGAGCCAGUAAUCAUGGAUCCCAGCUGGAAGUCAAGCAACUGAAAAUAAAACCAAAAACCCACUGAGCCAUGGAGAAGUUUGGGAUGAGCUUUGGGGGUGGCCCCAGCAAGAAGGAGCUUGUGGACACCAUAGAGACUCAGAGAAAGCAGAUGGUCCAGUAUCAAACACGCUUCAAGGAUGUGGUCAGGGCCUACAAGAGCCUGCUGAAGGAGAAGGAGGCUCUGGAAGCUAGUCUGAAGGUACUGACCGUCUCCCAGGAGGUCGACCUCAGCCAGCGUGGAGAUGAAGGCUCUGCCAGUGGCAGCAAUUUGACCUCUGAAUUACAAGAUGAUCACUGCUCCAUGCACAGCGAGGACAGUCUGGACACAGCAGCCUCCGCCGACACUGCUACCAGCAUUACCAGUGGGAGCACCAAGGGCGACCAGGCUGAAGAGGAGCAGGGUAGUAGCCCAGGAGAGAUGGGGGCGACCGGGCCUGGAGGCCCCUCAGUGUCCCAGAGGUCUGAGGAGGCUAAUGGGUCAGAGAGCGGUAUCAGCUCCAGCAGUAGUGGAGGGUCUGAGGUUCAGCAGCACCUUACACCCCCACCCACCUUGUCUAUGGAGGUUGACCGGAGGGUUCUUCAGCUGAAGACCCAGCUGACCACCCUGACCAGCUCCCUGGCCACGGUCACGCAGGAAAAGUCCAGGAUGGAGGCCAACUUCCAGGCCGACAAGCGGAAGAUCAAGCAGGACAUGGAUGAGCUCCAGGGGAGGCUGGAGGAGUCCAGGAGGCAACAUGAAGCCGAGAUCCAUGCCUUGCAUGACCAGCUGGCGGAGAGCAAGGCUCGGGUUAUAACCCAGCAACAUGAGAGAGAGCAGGAGCAGGGUGACCACGCCCACAUGCUCAGAGAGCUCCAGAAAUUGCUGCAGGAGGAGAGAGGCCAGAGGCAGGAUGCCGAGCUUCGGCUGGAGGACGCCAGGGUGGUCCUGCUGGAAGUCACACAGGCCGCAGAUCGGGGGCACGAUUAUGAGGCCCGGCUAAAAGAGGUGACCCAGCAGAGGGAGGAGAUGAGGAGGAGCCUGCAGACUGCGGAGGCGGAGAGGAACAAGCCAGACCCCCGGGUGGACGAGCUGCAGAGGGAGCUGACGGCACUCAAGAACCACUUUCAGCAGCAGAUGCAGCAUGAGAUCAGAAAGGUGUCGCAGGCAGAGGAGCGUCUACAGGAGCAAUCCCAGCUGGAGGAGGGCCGUGUGGCCAGCCUGGAGUUGCGGGUGUCUGAGCUGUCUGAGCUGCUUGGGGCCUGCGAGAAGGCCCGGCAGAGGGACCAGCAGAACGCCCACCGGCUGAGAGAGCGCAUCCUGCAGCUGGACACGGAGAACAAGACCCUGGCCAUUGCCGCUUCCACCCGGGGCUCCCCGCUGGACCUCAGCAUGGACGAGGCCAGCCUGGAUGUGAAUGUGCUGAAGGAGCGCCUGGAGAAGGUGAAGAGGCUUCUUCUGCUAGCCACACAGAAGAACCAUCCAGAGCAGACCAUGGAGAUAGAGAAGCUGGCUGAGAUGGAGGGGCGGCUGGGUCAGGGGACGGGCAGUGGGGGGGAGUCGUCAGACGGGGAGAAGGCCUCGGCGCUUUACUACCAGCAGGAACUGCGGCAGCUGAAGGAGGAGUUUGAGCGCUACAAGGUGCGGGCGCAGGUGGUGCUGAAGAACAAGAACGCUAAAGACUGUAGCCUGGCCAAAGAGCUGGAGGAGGCCCGUGACCAGCUGGCUGAGCUCAAGGAGAAGUACAUCAACCUACGUAUCCAUGACGACGAGGCGGAGGCCAAGCACUGCCGGGAGCUGGAGGAGUGUCAGCAGGGGAUAGGGAUGCUGCAGCAGGGUCAUAAACAGGAGCUUGACCAGGCUGAGGCCCAAUACAGAGAGAGCCUCCUCAGGCUGGAGGGAGAACUGCACCGGCAGAGGGACCGCACUAUGGCCCUGCUGCAAGAGAAGGACCAGGAGCUGGAGAAGCUAAAGUCUAUCGGCUACAGUCUUGCUGGUUACAGAGGCCACCACAGCGACGAAGGAGACACCGGGGCGGACUGCAGAGCGACUGCGGACGUCGGCAGGAGUAAAAACGCCAACAACAUGGACGACACGGCGCAGGAGGAGAGUGACAUCAUCACCCAGGCGUUGCGGCUGGCGGGGCCCAACGAGCCCACGCUCCUCCUGUACGCCGAGCAGCUGGCGAGAAAGGAGGUGGAGAUCGGCUCACUGCGGCGGCAGAAGCAUCGGCUGGAGGAGGACGUGCACCAGCUGCAGGGGAGGCUGAUCGCCAACGGAGAGCGUUACGACGAGGAGGUGGCUGAUCUCCGCGGCCAGCUAGACAAACGGCACAGGGACCAGGGCAGGGAGGGGGCCAACCUGGAGUACCUCAAGAACGUAAUCUACAAGUUCCUCACCCUUCAGGACACUAGGGGGCGUCAGCAGACCCUCACAGCCAUACUGACCAUCCUGCACUUCAGCCCUCAGGAGAAGCAGGCGGUGGUCAAACAGCACCAGAACCAGGCGUGGUGGACGGCAGGGAUGAGGCGAUGAGUUCAGCUCCUCACUCUGCAAAUAAUGAGAACUCAUUUGAAACAUUCCUCGGACAGUCAACAAGUGUGUGUUUAGUUUUCCUGAAUGAAGUCUAUUUAUUUUGGUGUGUUGUUUUCCCAGGAUUCUGGUGUGGUGUCAAAUGAAAUGGCAACCAACAUUUGAGCUUUGACGCUGUUGAUUACAUUUUAUUUUCCUCAAGACUUUAUUCAAAAGGAUUGCUUUAUGUGUGAAAGCACACAACAUUGGAUUUCGCAAUCUAAUGAGUGGCUCUAGAAGUGUGGGUUUGUAUUUGUCACUAUGUGAAGCAGCAUGUUUGGUUGUUUUGAUUCUUUGAUAAGAUCGAAUCAUAGCAUGAGGCUCACAUCUGUGUUUCCAGAGUUUCUGUCAAAAGGGAACCAAAUAUUGACUGUUCUUACAGAGGGAUAAGGACAGAAUCUAACUUAUUGACAACCUCAGUCUUUAUCACCUGUGUGAGUUGUUUUUCUCACUGAUUAUCUCCUGGGUUGUCCAUCUCGGUCAAGGGACGUGCGCCACAGGAAGUAGGAUCCUAUCUAACACAGGUCCCCAAAAAAUUGUCUGAGUUUCCUCAUCUGCCUUUGUUCACUAGUGAUUUCCUGCUUCUAUUUAAUAUUUAAACUAUACCUCUGCAUAUAUUGAAAAUACAUUUUCGAUUGAUCUUGGUGAGAUAUUGCGUUUACACCGGCAACCCAAUUUUGAUAUCUUUCUUACAAGUAGUUUUUUUGACCAGUCAGAUCAGAUAUUUUACUAAUAAUUGGGAUGUCUGUGUAAGCACAGCCAUAAUGACGUUAAAGGCAAGAUUCCCUGUUCAAGCAGGCAGAAAUACAGACGGGUGUGAUAAGUUUAGCAUCAUAUUGAAAUAAAACCAAUUAGUGGAAAAAAAUUUGGUAAAACUCUACAUACCGACUGUAUUUCUUUCUGUCUGCAUGUAGGUCGAAUUGCUCCGAUAAACAUGAAAUGACCCUGGGAAUCGAUAGAACGUUGCUCAGAGAUGCACAAAUAUGAUAACAUCUAAAUGGGUAACUUUAAAUCUUUCCUUUUUAAUAUUGAGCUACUAUCAGUUUUAAAGGGAUUAUUCAGGAUUUGGGCAAUGAAGCCCCUUUAUCUACUUCCCUGAACUCAUGGAAUCCAUUUGUAUGUUUCUGUCUGCAGUUUGAAGGAAGUUGCUAACUAGCGUUAGCGCAAUGACAGACUUCCAGUCAUCGCGCUAACACUAGGUAGCAUUGGCUCGCUGAGCUAACUUCCUAAAUGAAGUAAUAAAAAUGGUAUCCGUUCAUCUGACUCUGGGGAAGUAGACAAAGGGCUUCAUUGCCAAAAUCUCGAAGUAUCCCUUUAAUGCUAGAUGUGUUGUACAUAAUUGUAUGAUUAAAAAAACAAUACUUUGGUUGGUAAUUACAGUAUUUUCUAGUAUACAGUUGUGUGGAUAAUACAAUGUUUAUUGAUGAAAUGCAUAUUUUUGAUUCCCUCAACAUGAAAAUUAAACUUUUUUUCUCAGCGA